AUGGCUAACCAAUUAGUUACUUCGAUAUUAUCAUUAGGCUUGUCCAUUGCUAUUAUUCUCGUUAUUGUUGCUUUGGUCGCUAGAGAUGCAGAUUUGGAUGAUCUCCAUUUGGUGAAUACUAAGGUACAAAAAACAAUGUGUAAACCAACCGAUUACAAAGAUGCAUGUUAUGAGUCGUUAUAUUAUGUAGCUAAGAACACCUCGGCUACCAAAAAGGAUUACAUUUAUGCUUCUUUCAAUAGCACCAUCUACGAACUCAAAAAAGCCAUCAAAAAGGCUAUUAAAAUUAGGAAGGGAUUACAUGGUCGAACAGAUGACUAUGCAAAACAUGCUCGUGCUGACCUUGCAAGCUGUGAGAAAUUUUUGGGUUAUGCCUCGGAUGACAUCAAACACAUUGUCGAGGUCUCAUCUAAGGCCCCAACAAGCACUCUGCCUAAUCAAACCGAACCGAUCCUUAUUUGGCUGACUGCUGCUCGUGCAUACCAAACAACAUGCAUUGAUGAAAUAAAAGAUGAGAAACUAAAAAAGGGUAUGAAAAAGGCAUUGAAAUAUGCCAACAAACAUACAUUCAAUGCCCAAAAGAUCAUGUAUAGUAUCAAAAAGAUCCUCAAGGGUUUUGGGAUGGAUGUGAAUAAAUUCAAGAUCCCAAUUGGACAACAACGAAAGCUUCUCGAGGAAGGACAAGUAAUUGAACAAGAAGGUUUCCCUUCGUGGGUCCCUAUGAGUGACCGUCGACUUCUUGGUGAAUCUGAAGACAAAGAUGAUGAUGAUGAUAAUGAUGAUCAUGCUGAUGCCGAUCACAAAAUACCCAAAGAUGACGAAGAUGAAAAUAAACCUGCAAUCGCACCCAAACCUCAAGAAUUCUUUAGAUCUGCUGAACCUGAACCUCUAAAAGAAAAUGCUAAGCCUAAUGUGGUUGUGGCUAAGGAUGGAAGCGGUGAUUAUGAAAGCAUAAAAGAGGCCCUUGCUGCUUAUCCUAGUAAUAAUAAAGGCAGGUACAUCAUCUACAUUAAAGCUGGUGAUUACAAUGAAGGCCAAAUAAUUGUCAACAGGAACCAACACAAUGUCUAUAUGUACGGUGAUGGUUGCGACAAAACAAAAAUUAAUGGUCAAAUGAACGGCGGGAUAGCACAUAUUAGAACCUCCAACACCGCAACAUUUGUUGCUGAAGGUGAAAGAUUCAUGGCUAAAAACAUCGGAUUCAGAAACACGAUUGGGCCACAAGGGGAAGAAGCAGUUGCAUUCAGAUCACAAUCACCAAACACGGUCAUGGUUGAUUGUAGUUUUGAGGGUUACCAAAACACAUUAUACUACCACACCCAUGACCAAUUCUAUAAAAACUGUGUCAUAUCUGGAACUGUGGACUUUAUAAUAGGAAGUGGCAGAGCUUUCUUUCAAGAUUCAAAGAUUAUUCUCAGGAAACCGGGAAAGGACCAAAGUAACACGAUCUCAGCAGAUGGAAGAAUGAAAUAUAUAGAAGACGGAGGUGUGGUAUUCCAUAACUGCAAGAUCAUGGCAUCCUCAGAACUCAAGUCAGCAAAAGAUGUUAAAAGUUACCUCGGGCGCCCUUGGAAGCCAGAGGCCAGAGUAAUCGUGAUGAAAACAGAGAUUGAAGAUAUUAUUGAACCCAAAGGAUGGAUCAAACUGGAUACAAAGGAGGCAAAGCACAAUUAUGAUACAUGUGUGUUCAGGGAGUAUGACAACAAGGGACCUGGUUCAAGUACGGACAAAAGGGUUGAAUGGGACGGCUUUAAGGUUAUUAAAGAUGAGAAAGAGGCUGCAAAGUUUGCUGCCGACAAAUUUAUAGAUGCAGGAUCUUGGCUACCUCAAGCUGGUGUUCCUGUCAAUCUAAAUCUUUAA